CCCCCAGCCCCCACCAACACAAGCACCCUUCCUCAGCCUUCCUCUCCUCCCCCGCCUCCUCCUCUUCCUCCCCCUCAAUUCUUCUCCUCUUCCUUCCACCCCCAACUCGACACAAUGGUUUCCACGAAGGCAGAGGCAGAGGCGCUGAGCAUGGAGGAACUCACCACGGAGCUGACCUCGCGAGGCUUGCCAACGGAAGGUCUCAAGCAGCCCGCCAUGCUUGAGGCUCUCCUGAAGCACCUCGAGACGGCGGCGACGAACGGAACGGCGGAGGCGCCCGCGGCGGAGAAGGCCACGGAGACAGCCGCCGAGGAGCCCAAGAAGGACGACGCAGCGACGCCGGCGGAAGCUCCGGCGGCGGAGUCCACGGCAGAGAAGACCGAGGAAGCCCCUGCCACCACCGAGGAAGCUGCCGCCGCACCGGCAUCAGACGCCACCGUGACCCCCGCUGCCACGGAGGAGGCCGUCGUAACCACCCGGACGGUGGACGAGGUUUCGGGCGGGACCGAGGAGCCCGACGCCAAGAAGGCCAAGGCGGAUGCCCCGGAAGCGGCGGCCGAGCCUGCCAAGGUUGUCGAAACCGUGACCAAGGUUUCCGAAAGCGUGACGGAGGCUCCUGCUUCGGAGCCGGCCGCGGCCACCGCCGAGUAGAGCUUGACGACCGGGUGAUCGUAUCGGCUAUGCUGGCUGUAGAUGGUCUUCGGGAAACAGAUGCGCUGUAAAUUAGUGUUGGUGCUUUCUCCGUUUCACCCCGGGUGAGGUUGGGGAAGGGAAGGGGGGGCGCGGGAGGGGCGUGUAGCGAGGGUUAUAUUAGAUCGGCCUCCGGCCCCCCGUGUUAUUGUUCGUUUACAGAGCCGCUGUUUGCAAAACUCGCCGGCACAUUUCUUUCUGAAUUUCGUUUGUCUUAUGUUGGCCGCGACGGCCUUGACCGACCCCGCUCGUAGUGUGAUUAGAAACUAGGGGCCCCGGGGUGUCUGUCACGUCUUGCUGACGGCCCCAUGGGGCGAGCAUUUGGGGCUGCAGAAUAUCCCACCUGUUUCUUGCAUGAUGAGCAUGCAUAGGCGGUGUCGUUUGUGCUCCUGCCCCUCGGACAGUUGUGCAUACAACUGCCGUGGCGAGAGCGGGGGAGAUUGUGAAGCGCCACGUGAAGGAUUGCUGCUGCUGUCGCCUAGGUCGUGAGUGGGUUGUGGCGAAGAGGGAAGAAGGCUGUGUUGGCGAGCAGUCUGCCUGCUCUUCCUAUGCGAGGCGAGAGCGCCUUGUUUCCUUGUCGUUCAGGAACGGAGCGCAAGCGCAUGUACGUACAAAGCUUGUGUGCAGUUGGAAACACGGUCGAUCUGGUUGAUUUGUGGAUAUCUCUAGUACAGGUACAUACAUGCGACGGAGGGUACACGGCAAAGUCUCUUUAACUAGGAUAUUGGGUUCCGAGAACCCGCUGUGUUUUAGAGUGGAUGAUGUUGAAUUUCUGUUGGAUCUCGAGCUUCUCCAUGAAAUAGUGAACCUCUCUCUUGAGCCCUUCUCGUUGCAUUUCGAUCGUGGUUGAUGGCGUUCUUCGCAAUCAGGAACGGCAGCGAGGGUGUUGCAACGGAUAGAAUUGCAGUGUUUUGUCGAUUCGUCGAGUUAUUUUGAUAGUUUUUUUCGUUCAAGUGUUUUCUUGUUGCCGAACACGUCGAGAGGCCCUUCUUCCAGCCGUACGCAGCUGUGUUGGCCUCUCGUUUCGUUUACGAGGCGUCCGCUUCCUGCACUGUCGAACGCCAAUCAAUCAGCGUGCUGGUUGCUCUUUAUGGUUGACGCCUUGCAAUAUGCGUUUGUAGUACUGCUGUAGGAUCCAGUCCAAGAGUUUGUAGUAUGGCUGUACCGGACAACAUCAAUCAUUGAACAGACACCAUAUUUUUGCAACCUUGUGGAUUCCCUCCAACGGUAGUAUCCUUGCUUCGGCGCGCUCGAAAGCGGGCGGCUCUCACUCGCUCGCGCAAGUCUCUUUUGAAACACGUCUAUUUUCUCGGCAUCGUGGAUGAUCGCGCGAGCAUGGUUUUCCGGAAAAUAAUAGCCGUGC